AUGGUGUGUACACGCCCAGAUAUUUCACAAGCAGUCAGUAUUGUUAGCAGGUUCAUGACAAAUCCGGGUAAGGCACAUUGGGAAGCAAUCAAGUGGAUAUUAAAGUAUUUGAAAGGUACCAUUGACAUAGGUUUAUGCUUUAGUGAAAAAUCAUGUCAAAUUAGCGGUUUUGUUGAUUCUGAUUAUGCUGGUGAUCUAGAAAGAAGACGUUCUACGACCGGUUAUGUAUAUAAAAUACAAGGUGCUCCAGUUAGUUGGCGAUCGAUGUUACAGGCUACAGUGGCACUAUCUACUACAGAGACUGAGUACAUGGUAGUAGCAGAAGAGGUGAAAGAAGCAUUGUGGCUAAAUGGUCUUCUAGAUGAUUUGGGGUUUCAGCAAGAUUGCGUGAAUCUGAGUUGUGAUAGUUAA